AUGCAGCAGCACACUCUGCUAGUCGUUGGAGGGGCUGGCUUCCUCGGCAGUGCCAUCUCGAAGGCUGCACUUGCCAAAGGCUGGCGCGUACUCUCGAUCUCGCCAUCAGGAACACCGUACCACACACCCGCCGGCCACCGUCCAGCUUGGUCGUCUAGCCCUAACAUCGAAUGGCAUGCGGCUGACGCGCUCAAUCCUUCUUCUUAUGCGCAUCUAGCAGAUCGGGCUACUGCUGCUGUGCACACGGUUGGCAUCCUUCUCGAGUCGGAUUACAAGUCAAAAUCGUCGCAGGCUUUGCCCAUUCGCAAUGCGAUCGCCGGUAUCGCCAGAGGUUGGGGCUGGAACCUUAGCGCAACAAAGGCUGAUGCGAACCCGCUACAUGACGCCAAGUAUCCGGGCGCGGAUGCUGCACCUGCGUCUUCUUCGUCUUCUGGAAGCUCAUCCAAGUUCAGCUACGAGCACAUGAACCGAGACAGCGCAAUUGCGGUUGCUCACACUUUCCUCUCUUCGUUACGACAUCGCUAUUUCCAUUCGACUGGGACGCUGAGCUCGGCAGCCAGAUCAGAACCUGCGCCAUUCAUCUACAUUUCGGCCGAGGAUCUCUUCCGACCUGUGGUGGAUGCAAGGUACAUCCGCACAAAACGUCAAGCCGAGUCAGCCAUUGCACGCCUUGCAUCUCACCACCAAGCUCCUCGACCUCGAAGCUCCUCUGAACAAGAUGCGCGUAUCAUCUUUGAUUCGGACGGCGCAGGUCUGGAAGCUGAACUUCACGAUGAGCUCACGUCCGACUCAUCUGAUGUGCAUGGCUUUGAGGAUCGCGAUACACAGUCGAGCGCGUCUCAGGGUUUGGUGCGGCCCGUGUUCUUGCGACCGGGACUCAUGUAUCACCCGCACACUCGACCUGCUUCGACACUACCCGCUGCGAUCUUGGAGGCGUCAGCUGCGCUCCAUCGCUCUCCACCGCUGCCGCUUCCCAUCCCGACCCCGGCACAGCUGAUCGCCAAGCUUGGGAGUGGCGGCAGUGCAACGCAGUCGAUAGCACGUCUGCUGACCACGCCACCAUUGCAUGUCGAUACGGUGGCCAAAGCGGUGUGCGCUGCUAUCGAGGAUGAAAAUGUAUUUGGAGCGGUGGAUGUGUACGGUAUUCGUAAGCUUGCUGGCUGGAAAGACGAUGCUUCGCUUGGUGCCAGUGUCUAUGGUGAGAGCGUAGUGAGCGGUGCGCGUACGGGACGACCAUGGCCGUCGAAUCAUCAGCAGCCGCUGCACGCUGCUUCGAGACCUGUCCCUGGCCAUGCUGCUGCUGCUGCUGCUGCUACGCCGGCUGGGCAACAGCGAAGUUUCUUCAGCCUUCCGGACCUGGGCAAGCUCGCUUCAGGUGCCCUGUCGUCCGCAUCCACGAUCACAGGCGGCAAAGGCGGGGAGAGUCGGUCGUACCAGGAUGAGCAGGGCAGAACCGUGUACGAAACGUGCAAGAUGCUAUCGCACCCUGCGCAGACGCUGUUCGAGGUAGUCGCCGACGUGAACUCGUACAAGCAGUUCGUUCCCUACUGCCAAGACUCGCGCGUACUCGGGCCUGCGCGCUCUCAGCCGGGCCAAGCACCACCAGUGGUACUCGCAGAUCUCACCGUCGGCUUCGGCAGCUUCUCAGAAACGUACACUUCGCAAGUCACACUCUUCUCGCCUUGCACAAAAGGCUCCAGCCCUGGCGUCGGAAGUGUGGUAGCAGAAGCGGUCCAGCCCAACCGCGUGUUUUCCUUCCUCUCGACAAAGUGGACUUUUCACCCCAGACAAGACGACAAGACGCUGGUCGAGUUCAGCCUGGUCUAUGCGUUCAGAAACCCGGUCUACGCUGCCGUCGCUGGAAACGUGUUCGAACAGAUGAGCGCACAGAUGAUCGAUGCUUUCGAACAGAGGGCGAACAAGCUGCAUCCUGCCCAGCACCGUUGA